AGAAGAAAGAGCGGGGCGUGAAGCUGCAGAAGACGCGCGGCGCGAAGCUGCAGACCACGCGAAGCGUGAAGCUGAAGAAGAAGCGAGGCGCAAACGUGAAGCUGAAGAAGAAGCGCAGCGCAAGCGUGAAGCUGCAGAACAAGCGGAGCGCGAGCGCAAAGCCGAAGUACGAGAUGAGGAGCGGGAGAGGGUUCAGCUUCGGGCCUCCGCUCGCUUUGGAGGUGACCAAGUCGUUCGCCGAAUGAACACUGUUAAGACCCCUCAUCGAAAACUUUAAAAUUUCGAAAAAAUGUCCAAUGGCGAAGCAAGUUACUGAAAUAAUAGAGUAAGUAGCUUCACCAAGACGCCAAGAGGCUACUCUUUCUUCAGUUUUCCUGUCGCGGCUUAUCCUAAUGAGUAUUAGCUUGCUUAUUUCAGUUUUUCAAAUACCGAGUCUUCGAAGUUCCAGCGUCCAGGGAUGAGUGACUAAGACUAGUCUAUAGGAAGGACGCAGCAUAUGUAUAGUUAACCAGAAUGUUGUACUCUCCAGGAAAAAUAUUAACUCUCUACGUGGAUACGGCUCUAUACGUGGCUUUAAGCCUAGUCUUCGAAGUUGACUGGUCUAUAGGAAGGAUGCUCUAAUCACAACGAGGUAUAUGGUAAAACGUGGACAUGGAUCCCGAACUCAUGGACCCUGCCUUCACAAAGCCGAGAGGAAGCUGAAGAUGACCACGUCGUAGUAGAGUUUCAUCUUCGAGCAUGCAGAAACAUUCCAGAUUACAUUUUGAAAUUAUGCUAGUUCUUUCGGUCUUGUGUUUUCGGUUCGUUUUGAAGAGUAAACUCGUUGUAUAGUAGAAGAGCUACUUGAAGGGAGAAGAAGAGAGAACUAGAAGAAAGGAAAGAAAUGGGCAUGAUCUCUAGUACUGCGAUAUAUACAUUCCAGAUUUUGACGCAGAAACAUUCCAGAUUUUGAUCAAUAUAUAAUAUCUUGAAGUUAUGGCACUUCUUUUGGUUGUAUUGUAUUUACAUCUUGUAUUUGUUGUACACAUUGAGAGGCCUCAUAGAUAGACGCGAACAGCUAUAGAAGAGGCUCCAUGACAUGCCAUGUACUAGUAGCGCUUUGGUUGUGAUAUAUUCGAAAACUCAAAAUAAACGAGUUACUGACCGAAAUAAGAGAGUCUUGACAACAUUGAUUCCUCUCCUUUCAGUAUCUCCCUUAUUUUCAGUCGUUACUCGCUUAUUUCGGUUUAUCGACUACAUGAUCUUCCUUGUGCUUGAACAACUUGUAGUAGCGCAUACAUUAUAUAUUAUGAUUUUCAUCAUGCUGGUCGAUAGGUUGCACAUCAUCUAUUUUUAGUGCCUGUAGGUCGGAGUAGACAUAGUUUCUAAUCCAGCUUCCGCGAAAUUUUCGAUCGCGUCUGGAACUAGAUGGCCUAGGUAUUUCUGAACAUGGGGAAGAUGGGGAAGAAGGUCUAGAUAUUCUAGAACACGAAGCCACCUUCGAUUUUGGGCGUGAGACCUUCGUUUCGGAACUGGACGUCACACGGUUGGUGAAUAUUAAGGCUAGUCUUCUUGUUCUUGUUUUAACUCUGUUGAGUGGAGUCACCCUUUUCACUAUCGCCACAUGUGGACUGCUACGCUGGGCGAGAAGGUUCUCUUCUUUGAUAUUGAUUUCUUAAAAAAGGGGUCGGGAACGAAAGAAUCCAAGGCGAAACGAAGGGGCAUUCACUCAAGAGUCACGGAUUUAGUGAAAAACUAGCGCUAAGAAUAUGGGUCCGCAGCUGAAGGAAGACAGCA